CUGAGAAUCGGCUCCUCCUUUCUGCAAGGUGUGAGGGGCGACUGCGGACGCACUCGAAUUUGCAGAAGUUACAGCAAUGGCGCCGUCAGUGGUGAGCAAUGGGAUUGCGGUCGGGCUUCACAGGGGUCACCAAGUGACGAAGCGGGAUAUCGCCCAGCGGCCCUCCGCUAGCAAGGGCAAGCUCGGCAAGCGUACCUCCAUGGUCCGUAACCUCAUUCGCGAAGUCGCUGGAUUUGCUCCAUAUGAGAAGCGUAUCACUGAGUUGCUCAAGGUCGGUAAGGACAAGCGUGCCCUCAAGGUUGCGAAGAGGAAGCUCGGUACCCACUUGCGCGCCAAGCGCAAGAGAGAGGAGAUGACCACAGUAUUGCGCAAGAUGCGCGCUGGUGGUCACGCUGAGAAGAAGAAGUAGGCCCCUGGGGGUAAACCCCAUUGCAUAUAUUAGGGUUUCGUGUCCGGGGUGUUGGUAUGAGGUUUGAGUUCUUUAGCUGCGCUGGUUUGUUGAUCUAUUUUUACGUGCGGGAGUGUGGCAAUAAAGAACUUCUCCUUUCACGCACCGGCUAUCUCUUUGCACUGUAGAUUUGGAGACCUCCACUAGCCCGGCGCCUUACUUGCAUUUCGUGUCUUAAUCUUCCCUAUUUUCUCGUUUUUAAUUCACGAUUUAAUUGGUUUCUUCU